AUGCAGGACAAAGGAGAAUAUAACAAGCAUUUCCUAACGCACAAUAAACCAUUUCUCUACCAAUGCAAAAAUCCCGGUUGUGGGAAAAAAUUCAUCCAUCCAUCAUCAUUCUCCAAACACAAGAAAUCCGGUCAACACGAACCUCAAAGCACAACGGAAGGAAAUCCGCAUUUGGGGCAUACUUUGGUAGGCACACGAAACCAUCACAUUACGGGUUAA